AUAAUGCGUGUCGACAUGUUGAAUCAAGCGGGUCGGAUGUUUUAAGUAGGCCUAUUUACCCCUAAUAAACGACAUCGUUCCGAGCUACUUCCGCAGGGGCAGUCGCGUACUACUACCUCAUAAGAGACUGAAGGCAUUGUGAGUAGUAUAUAAGACGCCUAGGGUUUGUAGGAAGUAUUUGAAUCCUGUACAAAGCUCUCGAUAAGGAGCACACAGCGGACCAAAGGCGGCUAAAUUUGCAGGAGAAGAUCAACAAUCCAACAACAUGGCAAGAGGUUUGAAGAAACACAUGAAGAGGCUCAAUGCCCCUAAGCAUUGGAUGCUCGACAAACUGGGAGGAGCAUUUGCACCCAAGCCAUCCUCUGGACCUCACAAGGCCAGAGAGUGUUUACCCCUUAUCCUCAUUCUGCGUAACAGGUUAAAGUAUGCUUUGGUUUACCGUGAAGUUAUUGCUAUUCUGAUGCAACGACAAAUUCUAGUUGACGGAAAGGUCAGGACUGAUAAGACCUAUCCCGCUGGUUUCAUGGAUGUUAUUUCGAUCCCCAAAACCUCUGAGAACUUCCGUCUUCUCUAUGAUGUUAAGGGUCGUUUCAGGCUCCAUUCAAUCAGGGAUGAAGAGGCAAAGUUCAAGCUCUGCAAGGUUCGUAAUGUGCAGUUUGGCAACAAAGGUAUUCCAUACUUGAACACUUAUGAUGGAAGGACCAUCCGCUACCCAGACCCCCUCAUCAAGGCUAAUGACACUAUCAAGCUUGAUUUAGAGGAGAACAAAAUUGUGGAUUUUAUUAAGUUUGAUGUUGGGAACGUUGUUAUGGUCACCGGUGGAAGGAACAGAGGGCGUGUUGGAGUGAUCAAGAACAGGGAGAAGCAUAAGGGUAGCUUCGAGACUAUUCACAUCCAGGAUUCUCAAGGUCACGAGUUUGCAACUCGUAUGGGGAAUGUCUUCAUCAUUGGUAAAGGUACAAAGCCUUGGGUGUCUCUCCCCAAGGGCAAGGGUAUCAAGCUUUCUAUUAUCGAGGAAUCCCGCAAAAGAGCCGAGAAGAAUGCAGCUUCUGCUUAAACCCCAUUUUUCAAAUCACAUGGUUGAAUAUACUUGAUGCAGUGGAGUUUUACAGUUUGAACCUCUUUUCAAUUUAUAGCAAUCUUAGUUUAGAGUGGCUGCUGAACUAGAGUACUUCUGCUUAAGAUGUUUGUUUAAUCCUUUUUUUUAAUUAUGCAUAAGUUCAUGCUUAAAUUUUCUAGUACAUUUCUUUAUCUAGUGAGUUGAAAUAGCUUGAAAGAUAUUACUUCCAUGUUAAAUUGAAGUAAGCGAAAAGAUUUUGAACUA